AUGGACGGGUACAUGCUAACCGCAGCUAAGCUUCUAAACCUGGACCCGACGCCAUCCAUUACGCAUCACGAAGCAUUUCAGCAGAAGCCGGAAAAGGCUCUCUGGAUCUGUUCCUCGUUUGGCGUAGGCCGCCGCCCCGGUGGCUUCCAAGCCUGCUCCAAGCCUGCUCCCCACCCUUCGCUCCUCGCGCAGACGCUGCAUCCUGCCAGCCAGUCACGGCCGCCAAUCUCCACCAGCCCCCCAGCGGAUGCAGCGAUUUGCGGCCAGCUAGACCCGGUACAUGCGCACCACGAGCAGCGCGGAGGCAGCGCGUUAUGCCCCAACGAGAAGUGCCCCGAGACGCCUCAAGCCUCCCCGCAAAGCAGCAGCGACCUGGGCGCUACCGCCCCUGCAGUGCGAGUGCCACUGCGCAUCCUGCACUAUCAGGCUACGAGCUACUAUGUACCAGAAGAAAAGGAAAGCAGAAAAGAUUCGAUUCCAAAGCACCCCCUACCCGACGGUGGCCCAAUGAUUGCAUGUCAAUUACAUGGACGGGCACGUCGAGAUAAGUUUCUUUUGCACGCGACCCUGUUCGCCCCGUCGAAGCCUAGUGGGCUCACUCUGAUGGGCUCCGCUACGUUGGCCUGGCAUCAAAGCUACUCCUACAAGCAGUAUUUCGUACGUACGAGGUAUUACAACCAAGGACUAAUAGGAUCAUGCCAUGGAUUGAGUGAUAUUAUUGCACACACAUAUACGAAGUGCAUGUCGACGCCAAGAUGGACCACCGCAGCCUGCACGGACUACAAAAGCAUGUCCAGUAACGGCAUGUUUGACAGCAUCCUUGACAGCUAGGCUACGGGUUUCAAAAGAGUUUUUACUCUUCAAACCAAUUCUAGUCACGCCCAGUGGCAACUGGGAAAAAAGGGGCCUGUGAGUAACCCAAGCUAGGUGAAAGGGCCGAGUGGGAGAAACAUGGCCAAUCUGCGCCGUAAAAAAGAGGACCGGCGGUACAGCUAAAAGUAAGCCGCUUCUCAAUGCGACAAAGAGUAUCCACAGCUUCCACACGACCUUACCAAAUGUCAAAG